AUGACAACUUUGAUGAAGAAAUAUAGCAUUGUUCACAAGGUGGCUAUGGCUUAUCAUCCCCAAAAGAAUGACCAAGCCAAAGUAUCUAACCAGGAAAUUAAGCGCAUAUUGGAAAAGAGUGUAAAACCUCAUAGAAGGGAUUGGAGCUCUAGGUUUGGAGAUGCGCUUUGGGCUUACUGGACAGCCUACAAGACACCGAUAGACAUGAGUCCGUUCCAGCUAGUCUAUGGAAAAGCAUGUCACCUCCCAGUAGAGGUUGAGCAUAAGGCUUAUUGGGCCAUAAAAGAGUGUCAUUCGGGGUUGGGGAAAGCCAAAAUUGAGAGAAAAUUGCAAUUGGAGGAAUUGGAGUGUCUACGGUUGGAGGCAUAUGAAAAUUCAAGACUCUACAAGGAAAGAAUGAAGGCGGUGCAUGAUUGGAAUAUCAAGGGAAGAAAAUUUCGAGUUGGAGACACCAAGUGCUCCUCUAUAAUUCAAGUUUAA